UGAGAUGAGCGUCUGGCCCAAGUGCACACACCAUGAAUAGAUACACAAUGAUCAAGCAGCUUGGGGAUGGGACCUAUGGUUCCGUCCUGUUGGGAAGAAGCAUUGAGUCUGGGGAACUGAUUGCCAUCAAAAAAAUGAAAAGAAAGUUUUAUUCCUGGGAAGAAUGUAUGAACCUUCGGGAGGUUAAGUCAUUAAAGAAGCUCAACCAUGCCAAUGUAGUAAAAUUAAAGGAAGUUAUCAGGGAAAAUGAUAAUCUUUAUUUUAUCUUCGAGUACAUGAAGGAAAAUCUGUACCAGCUUAUUAAAGAAAGGAAUAAGUUGUUUCCUGAGUCAUCUAUAAGGAAUAUCAUGUAUCAGAUACUGCAGGGACUUGCAUUUAUUCACAAGCAUGGCUUCUUCCACCGGGACUUAAAGCCCGAGAACCUUCUCUGCAUGGGACCAGAGCUCGUGAAAAUUGCAGACUUUGGGCUGGCCCGAGAAAUCCGAUCAAGACCUCCAUACACGGACUAUGUAUCUACCAGAUGGUACAGGGCCCCAGAAGUCCUCCUGAGAUCCACCAACUACAGCUCCCCCAUUGACGUCUGGGCCGUGGGCUGCAUCAUGGCAGAGGUGUAUACCCUCAGGCCGCUCUUCCCUGGUGCCAGUGAGAUUGACACGAUAUUCAAAAUUUGCCAAGUCCUGGGGACACCAAAAAAGACCGACUGGCCUGAAGGCUACCAACUUUCAAGCGCUAUGAACUUCCGCUGGCCUCAGUGUGUCCCCAAUAACCUAAAGACCCUGAUUCCAAAUGCCAGCAGCGAAGCAGUUCAACUCCUGAGAGACAUGCUCCAGUGGGAUCCCAAGAAACGACCAACAGCUAGUCAGGCACUUCGAUACCCUUACUUCCUUAUUGGGCACCCACGGGGCAGCACCAUGCCGAGUGUUCAGGAUCCAGGAAAACCACAGAAAGACCUCCUGGAAAAGGCAGGCCCCGUUCCUCACAUAAAGCCAGUCCCUCCUGUCCAGCCCCUAACCAAGCCACAUCCACGGAUUUCUUCACGACCACAUCAAGCCAGCCAGGCCCCUCAGCAUUUCACUUACCCCUACAAAGCAGAGACCUCCAGGAAAGACCACCCGAGCCAUCUUCAGGAGGACAAGCCCAGCCCCUUGCAUUUCCCAUCCCUGCACAACAAGAAUCCGCCGUCGAAAGUCCCAGCUGGCCUGGAGCUCAAAAAUGGAGAGGUGAAGCCAAAGAGUAGGAGAAGGUGGGGUCUGAUUUCCAGAUCACCGAAGGAUUCCGAUGACUGGGCUGACUUGGAUGACUUGGACUUCAGUCCCUCUUUCACCAGGAUUGAUGUGAAAAACAAGAAGAGACAGAGCGAUGACACACUCUGCAGAUUUGAGAGUGUUUUAGACCUGAAGCCGUCUGAGCCUGUGAGUACCGGAAGCAGCGCCCCUACCCAGACUUCGUGUCAGCAGCGAGACACGCCAACCCUGAGGUCCGCCGCCAAGCAGCACUACUUGAAGCAUUCCCGAUACUUGCCUGGAAUCAAUAUAAGAAAUGGCAUCUUGCCAAACCCGAGCAAGGACUUCAUUCCAUCAAAUCCAUGGUCUAGUUCCGGUUUGUCUGGAAAGUCUUCAGGGACAGUAUCAGUCAUCAGCAAAAUAAAUUCAGUUGGUUCCGGCUCUACAAGCUCUAGUGGAAUGACUGGAAACUACAUCCCUUCCUUUCUGAAAAAAGAAAUCAGUUCUGCUGUGCAGAGGGUACACCUGGCACCUGUCCCAGACCCUGCCCCUGGUUAUUCUUCUCUGAAGGCAGUGAGACCUCAUCCUGGGCGACCUUUCUUCCACACACAGCCCAGAAGUACCCCUGGCUUGAUACCACGACCUCCAGCUGCCCAGCCAGUGCAUGGCCGGACGGACUGGGCUUCCAAGUACGCGUCUCGGCGAUGACCAUCUCAGCCACGAAGCCCUU